GCACACGGCGUGCACACGUCCCCGCACCAGCACACUCUCCCAGGCACACACGCGCACGUAUAUCCACCGCAGCGUGCGCCCUCACGUACACACCACAUACACCACAUGCGCGCACACGCACGCACACACAUAGACGCAUCUGGACACGCACCUGUGUAGACCCCCAAAUGCCCUGCGGGCCCUGACGCCUCCAGCUGCCCUGGCGGCUGGCUGGGCGGCGCGCGCACACCCAGACACACGCGCACACUCCCGCACUGCUCCACGCCCCUGGCCGCGGCCUGGGUGCUGUGCUGCGCGGCGGGCGGUUCGGCGGGCGGUGACCCGGGCGGGGGCGGAGGCGGCGGCUGCGGCGGCGGAGGCUGGAGAGCGGAGGAGGCGGAGCAGGGAACCGGGAGCCUGCUGGCCGGAGCUCCUCCUGCCCGCCGGGGAUUUUCCAGCCUGGGCGCCUUCGCCGCGGACCUCCCUGCGGCCGCCGCGGACCAUGGGCGACAAAGGGACACGGGUGUUCAAGAAGGCGAGCCCAAAUGGAAAGCUCACCGUCUAUCUGGGGAAGCGGGACUUUGUGGACCACAUCGACCUCGUGGACCCUGUGGACGGUGUGGUCCUGGUGGAUCCUGAGUACCUCAAGGAGAGGAAAGUCUAUGUGACACUGACCUGCGCCUUCCGCUACGGCCGGGAGGACCUGGAUGUCCUGGGCCUGACCUUUCGCAAGGACCUGUUUGUGGCCAACGUGCAGUCCUUCCCGCCGGCCCCCGAGGACAAGAAGCCCCUGACGCGGCUGCAGGAGCGCCUCAUCAAGAAGCUGGGCGAGCACGCCUACCCGUUCACCUUUGAGAUCCCUCCGAACCUCCCGUGCUCGGUGACAUUGCAGCCAGGGCCUGAAGACACGGGGAAGGCCUGUGGUGUGGACUAUGAAGUCAAAGCCUUCUGUGCAGAGAACCUGGAGGAGAAGAUCCACAAACGGAAUUCUGUGCGCCUGGUCAUCAGGAAGGUUCAGUAUGCCCCGGAGAGGCCUGGCCCCCAGCCCACAGCCGAGACCACCAGGCAGUUCCUGAUGUCAGACAAGCCGUUGCAUCUUGAGGCCUCCCUGGACAAGGAGAUCUACUACCACGGAGAGCCCAUCAGUGUCAACGUCCAUGUCACCAACAACACCAACAAGACCGUGAAGAAGAUCAAGAUCUCGGUGCGCCAGUAUGCAGACAUCUGCCUUUUCAACACAGCCCAGUACAAGUGCCCCGUGGCCAUGGAAGAGGCCGACGACACGGUGGCCCCCAGCUCCACGUUCUGCAAGGUCUACACGCUGACCCCCUUCCUGGCCAACAACCGGGAGAAGCGCGGCCUCGCCCUGGAUGGGAAGCUCAAGCACGAAGACACGAACCUGGCCUCCAGCACCCUGUUGAGGGAAGGAGCCAACAGAGAGAUCCUGGGCAUCAUCGUUUCCUACAAAGUGAAAGUGAAGCUGGUGGUGUCUCGGGGCGGCCUGUUGGGAGACCUUACAUGCAGUGAUGUGGCCGUGGAACUGCCCUUCACCCUAAUGCACCCCAAGCCCAAAGAGGAACCCCCACAUCGAGAAGUUCCAGAGAACGAGGCACCAGUAGAUACCAAUCUCAUAGAACUUGACACAAACGACGACGACAUUGUGUUUGAGGACUUUGCCCGUCAGAGACUGAAAGGCAUGAAGGACGACAAGGAGGAGGAGGAGGAUGGUACUGGCUCCCCACGGCUCAACGACAGAUAGACUGGGCCGCCCGCCCGGGCUGCUCCGGGUCCUCUCUCCCGCACUCGGCCGCUCAUUUGUCUUCUCCCCGUCCUGGUGCCCCGCCCCCUUCGUUCUUCCAGUUUCUGCCAGGGGGCCCAGUGGUCUUCCAGGCUGUGGUGGUGAGCCUUCAGCCUCAGGGUGGCCCGCAUCCCCAUGCCCGCAGGCCGCCCGCACCACCAUAGCCCUCUCACCGCAGUCAUCUUCCCAUCCCCCUCUUUUCCUGCUGACCCCCAGAGAGGCCUCUGUGGCUCUGGCCUUGGAAUUUGACCUGGGAUGGGGAGCGGGGGGAGCACAGGGCACCGGGCUUGGAAGGGUGGGGGUGCGGGGUCAAGACUGUGAGAGAAUGUCCAGGGCCCCAGGUGGUUAAUAUAGUCUGGCAGCUAAAGGAUGACCAUGUCGAAGGCCACCGUCUUCUGGCCGGGCCGGCAGCCUGUGGAUGGAUUCUCAACGCCUGUUUGCAGCUCUGACCCACUAAACACCUUUUCCCUUCCAUGCCCAUCCCUGCCCGUGUCCCUCUGCGUCUGACAGUGACAUUGGCAUAAACCCCAGGAGUGGAGAAAAGCGACUGGACUUUCUUACCAGCAGUUACCUAGUCUAAGGCAAGCACUGUGGACUAGCCCAAGUGUAUCUCAGUGUUGUCAGGGCGUGGUCUCCUAGCUACUGGCAUCUUACGCAUGCUGUCCUACGAAUACACGUGCGUCGAGAGAGACAGUCAGGAAGGGUCUUCAGAAAGGACCCCCUGCCCCCGCUCCCAGGCAGGAUGAGCUGCAGCUGCAAAGGAGGUGUGCGGAAGGGUGGCUCCGAGAGGUGGGCACAGGGGCUGGAAGGGGAGAGUCUGCCCUGCUCCCUUUCUUUGUGGACUCGUAACCGGUGAGCCCAUGGGAAGCAAGGCUGCAAGUCCAGAGGGAGCUAGGGACACCAGUGUCCUCCUCCCUCCCCUUGCAGUUCUCUGGGGCCAGGCUGGACUGGCUCUGCAGGCUGGGAGCCAGUGCCUGAGGCCACCAUGCCCACAGACAAAAGGGGUCCUUCCUCAGAAGGUGGCAGGGUCCUUUGGGAUACCCUCACCUAAAAGGUAAGGGGCUCCCGGGUAGCAAGGAACCCUUUGUUUCCUUGGGGAGUUGACCCCCUCAGUGGUUCCCAGUGCCAUGGGGACCCCGUACCCAUUGGCUGGUGUUUGCGGUUGACAUCUGGGGUGUUUCCAGGGUAAUAGGGCAGGCAGGGGAUGAGGCAGAAAGUAUCCGAAGGUCUCUGCUGUUGUCUGCUCUCUGCUGUUCACUUACUCUGUGUCCCUGGGCAAGUUCCUUUUCCUUUCUGGGCCUCAGUUUGUCACCUAGAAAACCAAGGGGUUUGACCCGAUGAUCACAAAGGGCCCUCCCAGGUCUGUCCUCCAAGAACUUGUGAACAUUAAAGUUUCUGGCUUAGUGGAUGGA